AUGGAGGGAGUACAGCUACUACUCCCUGUGGCACAAGGGGCGAACCCUUGCAUUGCACUUGUUACUGCCGGCAUGGCCGUGUUAGCAACUGCCUGCUGGUUGGUGAUCCGUUUGGUCUUUGUGAAAGGGAACACCGAUCGUCGCCCAUGCGAAGCAGACGGGAUGAGGAUGGUGCCGGGGUCCAGGGGCCUCCCUAUCAUCGGCGAGACGCUCGAGUUCCUCGCCCUGAGCCCCUCCCUUCAGAUCCCCGCCUUCUUCCAACGCCGUUUUGAUAGGUAUGGUCCACUUUUCAAAACUAACAUGAUUAUGGAAGACCUGAUUGUUUCCCUCGAUCCGGAGGUGACCAACUUUGUGUUCCAACAAGAAGAAAGGCUUUUCCAGAUGUGGUAUCCGGACUCGUUCAUCAGGAUCAUUGGCACCGACAGUCUGAUCAGGACACACGGGUUGUUACACAGGCAUAUCAAGAACCUGGCCCUCCGGCUUUUCGGCCCUGAAAAUCUCAGGCGAGAAAUUAUCCAUGAUGUGCAGAAAACGGUGGAGGCUAGCCUUUCCUCAUGGCUUAAUCAGCCAAGCAUCGAGCUCAAGGAGGCAGUCUCAAGCAUGAUAUUCAAGGUUACAGCAAAGAAGUUAAUCAGCUAUGAUUCCUCGACCUCCGACGGAAAGAUGUGGAAACAGUACGAUGCUUUCACUCAGGGACUUUUUGCAUUUCCAUUAUGCAUUCCUGGCACUGCAUUCUACAAAUGCAUGCAGGGGCGAAAGAAUGUCAUCAAGAUGCUGAAAGAAAUACUCGAUGAGAGGAAGAACACAGAAGAGCACCAUGAAAGCGUUGACUUCUUUGAUGUGAUAGAGGAAGUUAAGGCCAAGAAUCCUGAUCAAAUGACCGAGAAUGCCGUGUUGGACUUGCUCUUUUUGCUUCUAUUUGCCAGCUUCGAAACCACAUCAUCCGGAAUAACUGCAAUGCUUAUAUUUUUGACAGAUAAUCCCGAAGCCUUGCAAGAACUAAUAGAGGAGCAUAAUAACAUUCGGAAGAGAAAGGCUGAUAAGAACUCCGAAAUCACGUGGGAGGAAUACAAGUCUAUGAAAUUCACAUCUCAUGUUAUACAUGAAGCUUUAAGGCUGGCAAGCAUCGCUCCAGUGAUGUUUAGAGAAGCCAUAGAGGAUGUUCAUAUAAAAGGUUUUGCUAUCCCAAAAGGAUCAAAAAUUAUGAUUUGUCCUUACACUGUUCACUUAAACCCUGUGGUUUAUAAGGACCCCAACACAUUCAAUCCUUGGAGAUGGAAGGAUAUUCCUGAACCUGCUAGUGGUGCCUCCAAGGAUUUCAUGGCCUUUGGAGGGGGGCUGCGCUUGUGUGUUGGUGCUCAUUUUGCCAAGCUGCAGAUGGCGGUUUUCCUCCACUGCCUAGUCACAAGUCCAGAUUCGGCCAUCCUUGACGAGUCAUAUGUGUCGAGCUUAUAUGACCUAUUUUGGAUGACGCAUCUCUAA